AUGACUAAUUCAAAUAUAAUUUAUUCAAAAAUAACUGUGAUAUCAUUGGCGUUACUAUUCGUUUGCGUAUUUUUCCAAGCUUUUGAAUCUAAAUUUCAUGAACUUAUAAAAAAGGAUUUGAUUGCGAAUUUCAAACGAAUUUUUGCUCCGAUCUCGAAUGAAACAGUAACGACUUGGUCUGGGAGAGAAAUUAGGCCGAAAUAUUUUUUUCAACCUGAAUCUCUUGAAGACAUUCAGGAUAUCAUAAGAAACGCAAAAGAAACUGGGAAUAAGAUUCGUUGUAUUGGUCAAGGGCACACGUCGAGCUCGUUGUCAGUCACAAAAGAUUAUCUGGUGGAUAUCAAUAACCUAAAUAACGUGAGUGAAAUAAAAUGGACCAUCGAACACGGAUGGACAGUUACUGCUCUAGCAGGCACUCGAAUCAAUAACAUCGAACGCGCAUUAUUGGAAAAUAAUCCACCUUUGGCUUUCGAAUCAAUGACCUAUCAGAAUUUUUUUACAGCUUCUGGAGUUGUUGCAGUUGGUUGUCAUGGUGCCAAAACUGGAGGACCAAGUGUAUCUGAUCUAGUUGUCAAAUUGCAAAUAGUUACUAGUGAUGGUACAUUAAAGGAGUUCUCUAAUGAAAAAGAUGCAGAAGAAAUGAACGCAGCACGAUUAAAUCUAGGUCUAUUCGGUAUUAUCUAUUCCGUUACUUUUCGCGUUGAGCCACUUUUUAACUUGCGCGCAUAUGAUAUUAUACUCCCAUUAAAAGGCUGGCUUAACCCGGAAAACAUCAAACAAAAGUUUGAUAAUUCCGAUUCUUUGAUUAUUAUAUAUUUUCCAUUUAACCAAGGCAAAGCUGAUAUUUCUAAUGAUGAGAUUCGUAUAAAACAGUUUGUUAGAACACAAGAUCCAGCAACCUCUCAAAAUUCGACAACAACGAAUAACACAAUCCCUAAUAAUUCUUCUGCACAAGCUGUACCAGACAUACUCAAGAAUCCCGAGCUAACCCCCAUGUUAAAAGGAGAACAAUGGAAAAUAGUAAAAAAUUCAAUUAAAAACGUUACCUUAAUCGCCACCGAAGCUUUGCAUUAUCGCUCUGAUAUAGAGACCGUUCAAGGUCAUGAUGUAGAAUUCGCGCUUAAAGUUGAUUCGGAUUUCACGAAUGUUGCAACCGAAUUUUCGUAUUUUAUAAACAAAAUUGGAGAAUACGCGGAAAAAGGCAAAUUUCCAAUUAACGUUUACGGGUUGAUUAGAAUGAUACGGGCUUCUUCGGCUUUAUUAUCUCCUGUAUUUGACAACGAUCCGAAUGCAAUUUAUUGUUUCCUUGAGUUCAGUUCAUUGAAGGGCACUCGCGAUUAUCCAGAAUUUUAUGAGGAAAUUACCGCAAGAUGGAUCAAGAAGUAUAAAACUAGACCACAUUGGGCUAAAGAAUGGGAACCUGCACCAGGCAUUCAAAAAUUCCUUCACGAAGAAUUAGGUGAACGUCUUGCAAAGUUUGAGAAAAGUCGUGCUAAAUAUGAUCCUGAAAAAACAUUUUUCGACAACAAGAUAUUGCAAAAAGUGUUUUAUGGUUAA